AUGUCCGGUCGGUUCCCGAUGUCGGACACUGUGGACGAGUUCGUACACAAUCUAUACGCCGGACGCGAUAUGAUUACGGAUGACGAGAGCCGGUGGCCAAAGGAUUUAUUGUGCAUAAAUUCACGGAUGGGAAAAAUCAAAAACUUUAAGCAAUUUGACUCAUCAUUUUUUGGCCUAAUGGAGAACAUGGUGGACGAGUGGGACCCUCAUGGGCGAAUACUGCUCGAGGUGGUUUACGAGGCCAUUGCCGAUUCAGGUGUUAACCCACAGGACCUUAGGGGCAGUCAAACGGGUGUAUACGUGGGUCUGUCGCUGUACGGUAUGGUCGACGGCCUGACCGAACAGAUUGAACCCGAUUUAAGCACCGCCAACGAGACGGCAAUGUUUCAGACGAUGGCUAAUAUGAAAACACUGAACGCCAACCGUAUAUCCUAUGCGUUUGACUUCAAGGGGCCGUCGCUUAUUGUAGACACCGCCUGUUCGGCCAGUUUGUCGGCCAUAACUUUGGCCGUCAAUGAUUUGCUACUAGGUCACGUCGAUGGUGCGAUAGUGUGCGGGGCGUAUAUGAUGUUCGAGCCGUUCCUAUACCAGUGCCAACAGUCGCUCAACAUAUGCUCGCCUCGAGGCGUGUCGGCGGUGAUGGACGAGUCGGCCGACGGCUUCGUGAAGGGCGAGACUGUGGGCGCCGUUUACCUUCGCUUCAGGGCCGACGCCCGGCGUAUAUACGCCACAGUAUUGGCCGCCCGUAUGGGCGUCGACGGCAAUAAGACUGUCGGCAUGUUUUUCCCGUCCAGCGAAGCCCAAGAGGCGCUGAUGGUCCGCACGUAUACCGACGCCGGUGUCGACCCGCGACGACUCACUUAUUUCGAGGCUCACUGUACCGGCACUAAGGCGGGCGACACACAAGAAGUGCGGGCCAUAUAUAACGCGUACUGCCAAAGACCGGGCCGUACGGACCCCUUGCCGUUGGGUGUGUUGAAGGACAAGAUCGGCCACUCGGAGGGCGGCUCAGGCAUAGCGUCGCUCAUUAAGACACUCAUUGUCUACGAGAAUGAAUGCAUUCCGCAAAACAUUAAUGUAAAACACCUGAAACAAGACAUCGCUGUCUACUGUCCGCCAUUGAUGCCCGUGUUUCGGCCCUACCCUUAUAAACCAGGGUUGGCAGCGGUCAAUAAUUUUGGUAUCGGGGGCUCAAACGCACACGUAUUGCUCGAACCCAACGAUAAGUUGGCCACAAAUGAUGGCCAAAGAGUCGCCGAUAUUAUGCCCAGAAUUGUCAACAUUUGUGGCCGAACUCAAGAGUCGGUGCAAUAUAUCAUGGAUUUCAUUGAAAGUAAUCCACAAAAAAUAACAAAUGAUUUUUUGGCACUUUUGGCCCAAACCAUGAAAUACAAGCCUAAUGUUAACUCAUCGGGAAUGCCGUUCAGAGGUUCAAUUAUAAUGAAAAAACUAUCGGAAGAAAUUGACGGCAAAAUACGCUACGAAUACCGGCGACAGUCGGGUGUAAUGACCGACAAAAAACUGCGCCCCCUAUGGCUACUGUUUCCGGGUAUAGGCGGUCAGUGGCCGGCAAUGGCCAGGGCUUUGAUGCCAAUCAAGCGAUUCGCCGACACUAUCGACGAUUGCCAUCAAAUACUGAACAACGAGUUUGGCUUUCAAUUGAAACCACUAUUACUAGAAGACGACCCGUCGGUAAUCACAUCAUUGACCGCCAAGUUUUCGGCCACAACUGCCUUAGAGUUGGCGUUAUUUGAUGUGUUAAAAGCGCUGGACGUCACACCCGACGGCAUAAUUGGCCACUCAUUUGGUGAGAUUGCCUGCGCUUAUGCCGACGGCUGUCUCACCCGACGAGAGGCUAUGAUUAUCACGUAUUUGAGAGGAAAUGUUACCCAAAAUGACCGGCAAAUGACCAAAGGCUUGAUGGCGGCGGUGGGGCUGUCGAGGGCUGAGGCCAUGAAGUACUGCCCAAAAGGGGUGGAAGUGGUCUGCAAUAACGGGAAGGAUAGUUGCGUUGUGUCCGGUCUAAUGAAUGAAAUGCAAGACUUAAUGAAACGAUUGCGAGAAAAGCGUGUAUUUGUCCGACAGUUAGAGAGCAGUGAAAUACCAUUGCAUUCGCAAUAUAUGGUCACUUCAGCCAAACCAAUGAUAGAUGUGAUCAAGAAAUACCUGCCGGAGCCACGGCUCAGGUCCAGCAAAUGGGUGUCCACCGCUGUGUCCGGUCAGGACGAGACAGUAGACGAGACAUUACGGUACGCGUCGGCCGAGUAUUUUGUACACAAUCUGAUACAUUAUGUCAACUUUUACGACCGGCUCCGGGAGUUGCCCACCGAUGCCGUAGUCGUCGAGUUGGGCCCGCACUCAGUGUUUGGCCGAAUAGUGACCGAAACGCUCGACAACUGUCACUAUAUAUCGCUAUUAAAAAAGGACUCAAACGCGACAAAUAUGGACACAUUUUUGUCCGGAUUGGCCCAACUCUACGAACUGGGCUUUAAUCUGGCCGUCGAUGGGCUGUACGCGCCGGUCGACUGGCCAGUGGCCAGGAAUACACAGUCCAUCUCGUCGCUGAUCAAAUGGGAUCACUCGCGCGAGUUUGACUGCCGGCUAUACCCGGACCGGUGGUGUCAGUCGACCGCUGGCGACUCUACUCAUGUGGUGCGGUACCAGAAAAAUGAGGACCAGUUUUACAUGGAUCACGCCGUAGAUGGUCAGCCUAUCUACCCGGCCACCGGCUAUUUGAUGCUCGCGUGGCGUAAAGUGGCCGCCAGUGUCGGCAAACUGUGGACAGACUGUCCGGUGGUGUUUGAAAACGUUCACUUCAGACGAGCCGUGUUUUUGUCUGAUUCGGCUAAUGUUAAGCUGAAGGUGAAAUAUAUUCCCACAUUAAACGAGUUCCUCAUUUACGACAACAGUAACCAACUGUGCGUUUCGGGUCGAGUGCGGGCGCCCGACGCCGAGGCGGACGACGUGUUGAACACGCAGCACGUGUUACACGAGUCAAGCAAACAGACCGCCAAUGACUAUACCCUUGAAAGGGAGGACAUAUACAAAGACCUACGGGUGUUGGGUCUGGACUACGGGCCAGAGUUUCAACGGCUGCGCAAAGUCGGCACAACUGAUUUCCACCAGUUUUACGGCCUAAACGAGUGGACGGGUAAUCCGGUCACCUUUUUGGACGCUAUGCUGCAGGCCAUGGCCCUGGCCUGGCCUACCCGGCGCCUGAUGGUGCCCACAAUGAUCCGUAGCGUACGGGUCGACCCGCGGCUGUUCCUGGACUACGUCCGGGCCAAUAGACUGACCGACGGUCAGACCUCAGCUGACCGGCCGGCAGAUACUGUGGUCAGCGGUCAGCUCAUGGACUCUGGCCGGCAGAUAGGGGUCGUUACGGGUGAUGGCGUUGACGAUGAAUUUAAGCGCCGUUACGGCAAAUACGUGGCGGACAUCCCUUUUUAUUAUCACGUUCAACAGAAACUACUGGUCGCCCCGGGGCUAGAGGUGGGCGAAGUGAUGGCCUCACCCCUGCCCUACCGGAGCGAUGCCAACGAUCUGGUGCUCGACUCCUAUGAGUUCUGCGCCAAUAACGAUAAGGCGGCCAUUGAUGACAGUAUAGCCGCUGAACUUCACCGAUAUAUUGGGGUUUGCAAUUUAUUGGCCCAAAAAGUGGUUAAACUCGCGGCAAAACACUUACACUCAGAGACAAACGAAGACAUGAUCAUCACCGACGAGGAUGUGCUACAAGAGUACCGAUUGGCCAACAAUGACCGACACGUAAUGUUCCGCAUAUUAGACACAAUCGCCGGACAAUUGGGCGCCAAAAAGGCGACCAUCGAUGAGAUAAUCCGCGAAAUGGAUGGCAAAACUCAAUACGAUUUAAGCGAUGAUCUCAUAAAUCAGAUCCAGAGUAAUGAACGUGUGUUGAGAUCAGCCGUGGAUAUUGUGGCCGAAAAUCACGGCUCCGGGCGCCGUAUGACAGUGACCGAGGUCAAUUUAAGCGGUGGUCACGCGAUGGCCAAACAUAUAGAUGAAUAUUUAGCCCGAUUUAAUUUGUCAACACUCGAUGUUGACUAUAAUCUUGUGGUAAAGUCUGGCCAAAAGGGUAUCCCCGAUGUGUAUCGGGAAAAGUGUGUCGAAUGGACGGUCAGUAACGGCACAGGUAUUCAAUUCAAGCGCUCGUAUCUCAUUGUUUUGCGAGACACUCGCGACUUAUGGCCAUUGGAUUUGAACGCGUUUUUAAACACAAUCUAUGAGUGCAUUGAAAACAAUGGAUUUUUGUUAACUGUAUUUCGAUAUAAGUUUACUAACGCAGAGUUGGCGUUGAAUUCAAUGCUAAACCAAAAUGGUUUGAAUGAUAAUGAUUUGGCCUCACGUAUCAAAACGUUUCAAUUGGUCUCAAUUAAACUGGGCUUCAAAUUGAUUGCCACUAAAUACGAUACUAUAGGAAACGCUGUGAUAUUACUGAGAAGGGUUGACGCGAUACAUGCAAUUCCCACAAAUGAUAACAUAAUAUACAUAACUGAAGAUCACAAGCAAUGGCUGCCAGUAUUGCAACAAAAGAUGAUCGCCGCUAAAGAGUCGGAUGAAAAAAAUUGCGAUAAUGUUUGGCUUAUGGGAAAUGACACCGCAAUCAGUGGUAUCAUUGGUUUAGUGAAUUGUUUGCGUUUAGAACCGGGCGGAGAGAUAUUGCGCUAUAUUUUCCAUUACGAUAACAUUGAGAGUAAGAAUUCCAUAGACUUUAACGCUGAACCCUAUCGACAUAUAUUGGCCAAUGAUUUGGUGGCCAAUGUAAUCAAAGGGGGAGUUGUGGGCACUUAUAGGCAUUUAAAACUGCCCAACCAUUACGACAAAUGUGUGUCAAACCACUACCUGCUGAACGUCGGGCCGACACCGGAGUUAUCGGGGCUGCGAUGGUAUGACUGCCGCCGACUGCCAAACAUAGCCUACUAUCCCGACCACUCAGAGGCCGACAGAUUUCCGGUUCACGUAUACUAUUCCAGCCUAAACUUCAGGGACCUUAUGAUCGCUACCGGUCGAAUGGUAAACGGUAAGCUCAAACUGCUAGAUGACUGUCAACUGGGUGUGGACUUUGUGGGCCGACGUGCGGACACAGGCCAACGAGUGAUGGGUAUCGCAACUCACGGCACGUUCGCCACCGAUGUGUACGCUGUGACCGAAAACACGUCACCCAUACCUGACCACUGGUCAAUGGCCGAAGCGGUGACCAUCAUUAACACAUACAGUGCCGUUCAUUAUGGUCUGAUCAAGUGCGCCGACAUUCAGCGAGGUGAGAGUGUGCUCAUACACUCGGCGGCCGGUGGUGUGGGUCAGGCGGCCAUCAAUGUGUGCCAACACUACGGCUGCCAAAUCUACGCCACUGUGGGCACCGACGAAAAGCGCCGGUUCCUGACCAACACAUACGGCAUACCGGAGUCACACAUCUACUCGUCACGUGACAAUCGGUUUAAAAACCAGAUAAUGGCCGCCACUAAUGGCCGGGGAGUAGACAUUGUGCUCAACUCGUUGGCCGGCGAAAAGUUUGACCUGAGCUACGAGUGUGUGGCCAACUCGGGUCGUUUUGUCGAGCUUGGUAAGGCCGAUAUGGCCCAGAAUCGUAAGCUAGAUUUGUUUGAUGGGCUCCGGAACGUACGCUUUCUGGCCGUUAUGAUGGAUGUGGUGCUCACUGAGCGCCGGCAGUAUUACCUGGAGUUUUUCGAUUGGGUACAUAGGAAUUGUCACCCCGAUGGUUUUGUCCGGCCAUUGAACUACACUGUAUUCGAGCCCCGGGAGGCAGAACAGGCGUUCCGACACAUGUCUACCGGCAAACACACCGGCAAACUGUUGAUUAAGCUCCGGGACGAAGAGCCGGAUACGCGGCCAUUAGCACCGGUCAGUCCGGCCCGGGAUAUGGUGGUCACCGUUAAGACCUAUUUUGAUCCCAACAAGUCGUACAUAAUCACUGGUGGUUUGGGUGGUGUGGGCCUGGAGCUGGUGCCCUGGAUGCUAUACCGGGGCGCCCGUAAGUUUGUGCUGACCUCCCGGUGCGGCCCUAAAACGAAUUACCAGAAGUUUAUCACCGGUUUAUUCCGACAACACUUCGCGGACUACAAGUACUUCUCCAGCGAUCUGUUUAUAUCGACGGCCAAUGCGCUGACACUGGAGGGCACGCGAGUGCUGCUCCGGGAGGCGGAACGGUUGGCACCCAUUGGAGGGGUAUUUCAUUUGGCGCUCGUAUUGAACGACUCGUUGGCCGAAAAUAUGACGCCCGAGAGGUUUGCCGAAACGUCUGAGACUAAGCACCGGGUGUUUGAAAAUUUGGAUCAACUGACCCGCGGGUUAGGCUAUAAAGUGGACUAUUUUGUGGUGUUUUCGUCGGUGAGCGCCGGUAAAGGUAACGCCGGUCAAUGCAACUACGGUUACGGCAACUCUGUAUGUGAACGGGUGUGCGAACGCAGGCGCGGGGAUGGUAUGCAUGGGUUGGCCGUACAGUACGGCCCGGUGGGCGACGUAGGGGUGGCCGCGGACGUGGACUUCUUUGUGGGCGAUAUUACUGUCCAGAAGCAGCGCAUCCACUCGUGUUUGGAUGUGUUGGACAAACUGUUGGCCGCGAAGCACCCGAUUGUCACAUCCUUUCUCAAGAAAGAUCUAGCUAAAUCGUUUGGCACGGGUGUCAAAAAAACCCGACUGGUGGCCGAACUGUGGCGAGUGAUGGGCGUCGACCCGAACACAACGCCCGAUAGGGUAACACUCGGCGAGAUAGGGCUCGAGUCGAUGUUCGGGUCGGAAGUGCAACAGGAGUUUGAGAAAACACUAAACAUUACGGUAACAAUCAAUCAAAUCAAGUCCCUAACAGUGGGUGCGUUCAAAGAGUACGAGUCGGGCCGUCGCGAUCACAUAGUAGCAUUUCUUGACGAACGUAAGCGAUUGCGCACGCACAUUUUGCGCCAAAAAUUUACCAUGCCCACCGAGCCGUGGGUGUGGCUAAACGGGCACCGGGAGGGGCGUGCCAUUUAUUUUAUGCCUACGCUUGUGUUAAACUUUUCGAUGGUAGAGGAGUUUGCCGCCCGACUGGACCGGCCGGUGAUUGGCCUAAAUUGGACGCGAGAGGUGAGCCAACUGUUCACUCUAGACGCUGUGGCCAAGUAUUACGUAGAGGUGUUGGCGGGCUUAGAAAGGGGCAAUGAGGGCGGCUACGAUGUGGUGGGCUAUUUAGAUACGGCCCACGUGUGCACUAAACUACUGCUGAAGGGAAUGGCCGGUCGGGCGGUGAUCGUCGACGUGAUGAACGCCGACGCCCUGUAUAGCGAACAGUCGACCGACGAGUUUAUGAUUGAACUGAUGCUGAAAAUGAUAUCAAACGAAAUGCCGGCCGAUAUUAUCGGCAAUAUUAAGCGCCAACUGAGCCGCGAGACGGACACUAAGCGCCGGAUAGCGGCCAUCAGUGGUCAGAUACUGGAGCUGACGGGUAAAGGGCUGGUGGCCGACGAUAUGGAGCAGAUUUUGGGGACAAUGUUCGCCCGGUUUCACAUGUUUUUGGACUUUUUGGCCAAAAAGCGUAAUAGCGUUACGACUCGCGUGAAGGCGUCGGUGGCCGAGAAGUGGGCGAAACUGAGCGGCAAAUUAGUGAUCAUUAAGCCGUUUGUCGGCGACGAGUCUCUCUUCUUCAACGACAUGAUUGACAACACUCUCGACGGCUAUUUUGUGCCACAG